UAAAUUGUUUAGCCCCUAAUUUAAGUAAUCGUGAUUAAUGUUUAUACGAUCCACCAAAUUUGAGAUUGGUUAAAUGAUAUAGUGAUCACAGAUCAUAUUCAUUUAAUUGUUAAUUUAAUUCAUUUUCUUAAUAUUAAACCCAAAAAUGGAGAUUUUGAUUGUUCAAACAGGAGGUACAAUAGAUAAGUGUUAUCCCAAAAAUAUUGGGGGUUAUGCCUUCGAAAUUGGCAAUAGUUAUGCCAUGGAAAUUUGCAGUAGAUACACAUUGCCAAAAAACAUAAAAUUUCAGCUCACCAAACCAUUUUUAAAGGACAGUUUAGAAAUCUCAAUGGAAGAUAGAUCUGAACUUAUAAAUUUAUUGAUUCAUGCUCAGUUUGAGAAGAUACUUAUCACUCAUGGAACGGAUACAAUGAUCGAAACUGCACAGUAUUUAACUAAUUAUGAAGAGAAACUUAGAAGCAAAUGUAUUGUGAUAACAGGUGCCUUUCGACCCGGUGUAUUCAAAAAUACAGAUGCCGACUUCAACGUAGCAUUUGCAAUUGGUGGACUGAUAAUGUCAAAUAAACCAGGAAUUUUCAUAGCAAUGCACGGUCAGUUUUACCAACCAAGUGAAGUUAUUCGUGAUGAAGAAACAGGGAAUUUCAUUCCAAUCGGAAAUGAAAAGUGAGAGCCACCAGAGCAUAACCUAGUAUACAAUUUAGAUUCUAGUCAAACGUUCACCACAGGAAUCAGCUUGCUACUGUUUUCAUUUAAAAUAGCAUAGUUUGAUUAUGAACAGCGAACAACUAAUACAAGUUUGAGAAUUUUAGACGCAUUUAACGAGAUAAUACAUUUGUUUUUUUACUUUGUAUUAUUACUAUCUUUCUUGGUGCUUUCAUUUAAAAAUAAUUCUUAAAAGCUGCUAGUAUCAGCAUGGAAAUUUCUCAUAGAUUUUAUGGGAUAGCUGUCAAGAAGCAACAUUUUAUGUGACUAAUUACAUCGCUUAGUUUUUUUAACCUCCAGUUUGAGCUCGAAAUCACUUUUCAUCAAUAAAUUUAUUCUCAAAUACAUAUUUAU